AUGGCGCGCCAAUGCCAGCGUCGGGUCGGGGCACAUGGCCAGGACGGAAAAGUGCAGCUCAGUGACACCGUAGUGGCUUUGCGGCGCAGUUGGAAAUUUGCUGCUGUGUGCCAGUUUCUGUUCACGUUUGACGAGGCACUUGGCCUGGACGGGUUCCAAACACCACGUUUGGAAACCGCGCUGGACUGCGGGGAUAUGCGCUACCUAUCGUGGCUGAUUGUGCUGCUUUUGCAAAGGCUUGCGCUAGGGCGCAGCAUUGAUGCUGGGACGUGGGAAGUGUUGCUGCGCAGGCAAUGGAACGCACGCCUCCUCGAAGAGCAUGUUCAGCUGCUCGGCACCGAAGAGGAGCCCAUUGCGUGGACUACAUUGCCGAUGUCCGCCAAAGUAGACACUUUGCAUGCGCUAUGCGAAUGGCAGAUGGAGCGGCCUGAACGGCUGCGCGCGCCCACAGAGUCGGACGACGACGCGGUCAGCUGGCGUGUGGAUCCUGCAGGGUGGGACCGCCAAGGGAAUACCUACUGGCUGUUUGAUGGUGCGUUGCGCCCGCUGCUCACGCUAGAUAACCGACUUUGGAUCCAGCGCCCUAAGCAGCCUCUCAAGCGCAAAGCCGCGCCUAAAAACACCGCCAAAAAUGCGCGUUCACGGACAAGUGGGCGCCGCUCCUCGCGCAUCCAGCCGGCCAAGGUGACGCAAGAGGAGGCGUUUGGCGCUGACUCUGACCUCUCGCAGCUCUCCGAGGAGGAGGAGGAGGAGAGAGAGAAGGAGGAUUGGGUCGAAUGGGAAGCGAUUGCCAUUGAUCGUACAGGAUGGGAUACAUUUGCCGCUCGCUUUGCAGGCUCCAAACACCCCGACGAGCGCAGCUUGCACAGUUAUAUAUCAAAAGAGGUAUAUCCCCGCGUAUUGGAAGUGAUGAACGGCGAGGAGCGUAAAGCCGCACUCGAGGCCGCGAUGGCUAGCCGUAAGCGAUCGAGCCGUAUUGCAAUGAAGGAAAGUGAACGCGAAGUCAAGGAGCGCGAGGACGCGGAGCAUAUGGCGGAACGCGCGCGCGUUGCUGCUGUGCGUGCACAAGAGCGCGAUGAUGCCGCGCAUUCUGAGCUGGAGCAAACAGUGCGCAAGAGCCGCGAAGAGCGGCUCAGAGAGCGUGAGGAGCGUUUGCUUUUGCGCGAGCGUAUGCUGAUUGAGCGUGCACAGAGAGAGGAAGAGGACAAGCAGUAUGCGACGCAAAAUGCAAGCGAGCGCGGCCAUGGGCAUGCAACGCAGCAGGCCAUGUCGUGGCAGCAGGACACGCCAAGCCUUAGCCCGUGCCUGACGCAGUCUACGCCGAGCUCACAGACGCAACCAAUGCAGUCCAUUUACCCACACGCCGCUCCGCCAGCGUUGCAGCCCAUGCCGAUGCUUGCAAGACCUCAUGCAACGAUAUCUGCGCCGCUUCUGCCUACCAGUAUGGCUUCCGCCGCACUGCCCGUAGAUGCACGGGCUUUCCCUCCCCCCACACUCUCCAUGAGUGCGGCGCCAAUUUUGAAUCUGCGCCCUUCGCCGCCCGUGUACAAUGUAUUGCCGCAGCUUCAUGCGCCGUCUGCAAUGCCCAAGGAUGCGAAGCCAGUUUUCGCUCCGCAUACCCCACAGGCCAUGUCGCCCGCUGCACCGUCGCACACUACGCCUUUUCCAAGCGAGCCUGCACCGAGCGUUGCAGAACAGCCGCCGAGCACCCCAAAGCCACUUGUGUCCAAGCGGCAGUCCCCGGGCACUGUCUCGCCUAACUCACACCAUAGACGAGCGCCGAGUGGGAGCUUUCCGUUGCGCAGCAUGACGGACCGCUCGCCGCUUUCCCGCAGCAUGGAUGGCAUCGACGAUGCGCAGGAACAUAGACUGGCGUAG